CCUCUUUGUGUGAUGGUACAGGCCCGCUGGAAGCUUGCCCCUGGGGAGUUUACACUUGGCUAACAACUGAGGAGGGAUCAGUAGUCCUCCUCCUCCUGUACACACGGUGAAUGCAUGGGAACAGGGAGGAGAGCAGGUUGUAUCAGCUGCAGUGCAGCCACACAAAAGUAACAUAGAAGUCACCAGCCUGCACCGGAUUCUGUCUACGUUUAGUUUAAAUACGCAAAUGCAGUAGAGAUCAGCGUGCUGGAAUACGCAGACGUCGGGCUACUACAGUACUUGCAACCAGCACAUCCCAUACUGUAAUAAUGCCCAUGAGAGGAGACAGGUUAUUUCACCAUCCACCCCAACCGCAUAGCAAGGAUCUAUCCGCAUGGUUUGGCCCCACCAGCAUGGAAGAGCUCAUAUGGGAGCAGUACACAGUGACCUUGCAAAAGGAUAGCAAAAAGGGCUUUGGCAUUGCAGUUUCUGGUGGAAAAGAUAACCCCCUCUUUGAUAAUGGUGAACCAUCUAUUGUCAUUUCUGAUGUGCUUCCUGGUGGUCCCGCUGAUGGAUACCUACUAGAGAAUGACAGAGUGGUCAUGGUUAAUGGAACACCUAUGGAAAAUGUACUCCAUUCAUUUGCUGUGCAACAAUUAAGAAAGUGUGGAAAAACUGCUGUGAUUGUAGUGAAAAGACCUUGCAAAGUUCCGGUUACAGCAUUGAGGCGAUCCCCCACUCCUGAGCCUGAACCUAGAGCUUUUGACAUCAUGGAUGAUGAUGGACAUUUUGACCGCAGAAGUGCACACAGUGGUUACAGUGAAAGUUGGCAGAGUGGUAAUGGUCGCCGCAGCAGAGAAUCCAGCCCAGACAGAAGCUAUAGUAGAGACCAAGAAAGAGGUCGCUCAUAUGAUCGGGAUCCAGAUUAUGUCCGUGAGAGAAGUAGAGAACGUAAUCUAGAUGAUGAGCAAGGAUACAGAAAAGAACGUAUUAAAGACAGAAGUGCCGGUCAGGAUUUGAGCGAGGAGCGCAAGUACAAGAGGGAUCGGGGAAGAAGUGUGGACAGGGAGGAAUCAUUUGAACGUAGCUACAGUGGAGACCUUAGCCCAGAUCGAGUAAGUAACAGAAGAUCCCAACCCGAUUACAGGAAUGAAAAGGAAUUACUUAGCCGCAGCCGUGAGAGACUUGAAUCCCACAGCCCCUCGCCUGAACCAUACAGAAAUUCUGCACGAAAGGGGCAAGAAAAACCCAUCAGUGUGCUUCUCAGCAAAAAGAAACAGAAUGAAGAAUAUGGUUUGCGUCUUGGUAGCCAAAUAUUUAUCAAAGAAAUGACUGAUACUGGAUUAGCUAUGAGAGACGGUAUCUUGAAUGAAGGAGACAUUGUCCUUAAAAUCAAUGGCACAGUGACAGAAAAUAUAUCUUUAGUGGAUGCCCGGAAAAUAAUUGAAAAGUCAAGAGGGAAACUACAGUUGGUUGUGCAGAGAGACUCUAGGCAAACCCUGAUUAAUAUACCUUCUGUGCAUGAUAGUGACUCUGACAUAGGAGAUAUAUCAGAGAUAGAGUCCAAUCAUUCCUACUCUCCUCAAGAGGACAGGAGAUCAAAGCAUUCAGACUCUUAUUCCUCCAAUGAAAAGCUGAAAGAACAACCAAUCACUAAAGAGGAUCCACCCAAAAGACUUGCCAAGAUGGGAGCCAUGCCCACUCCUUUUAAAUUGAUGAAUCAGGCUGAAAUACCUGCUCCUGUUGCAGUAAGCCCAGGGGUUCCAGAGACCAGCACAGAUGCAGUUUAUUUAGAGGAAUUUCCAGUAGAAAAGCCUAGAACAACUCCCAAGGUGUUUCUGGAACCAAGUUCAGAAGAUGUGGAGAUCUACGGAGCCAAUACAAAAAUGAUGCAAUUCCGGAAAGGUGAAAGUGUUGGUAUGCGCCUUGCUGGUGGCAAUGAUGUGGGCAUAUUUAUUGCUGGUGUGCAGGAAGGAAGCGCUGCUGAGCAGGAAGGGCUUCAAGAGGGUGAUCAACUGCUUAAGGUAAACACACAGGAUUUCCGAUGCAUUGUUCGAGAAGAUGCUGUUCUUUAUUUGUUGGAAAUCCCAAAAGGAGACGAAGUAACCAUUUUAGUCCAGAGCAAAUAUGAUGUAUACAAAAACAUUCUUGCCUGUGGCCGAGGAGAUUCAUUCUUCAUAAGGACUCAUUUUGAAUAUGAAAAGGAAGCUCCACAGUUCCUAGGAUUCACAAGAGGCGAGAUUUUCAGGGUGGUUGAUACAUUAUAUGAUGGGAAGUUGGGCAGCUGGCUGGCCGUUAGAAUUGCCAAUGAGCUGGAAAAAGGCAUUAUUCCAAGUAAAAGCAGAGCUGACCAGUUGGCCAGUGUGCAGAAUGCACAGAGAGGGGCAGCUGGGGACAGGGCAGACUUCUGGAAAAAUCGAGGCCAAAGGGCAGGGGCAAAAAAGAAUGCAAAAAAGGGGCGAGAUGACCUAACGUCCAUGUCAUGGAUCAGCACCAAAUUCCCUUCCUAUGAGAGAGUCCUGCUGCGGGAAGCUGGCUUUAAAAGACCGGUUGUGGUGUUUGGGCCAAUUUCAGAUGUAGCAAUGGAGAAACUUGCAAACGACAUGCCAGAUCUAUAUCAAAUAGCCAAGACUGAGCCUAAAGAUGCUGGUUCAGACAAGUCGAAUGGAGUAGUGCGGCUGAAUACAGUUAGACAGAUCAUUGAACAGGAUAAACAUGCUUUAAUGGAUGUGACCCCUAAAGCAGUAGACCUGUUAAACUAUACUCAGUGGUUCCCUAUAGUAGUAUUGUUCAUCCCUGACAGCAAGCAAGGAGUCAAAACUAUGAGAAAUAGAUUGUGUCCGAUGUCAAACAAAAGUUCUCGCAAGUUAUAUGACCAGGCAAAUAAGCUGAAGAAGACAUGUGCUCAUCUUAUUACAGCAACUAUUAAUUUAAAUUCUUCAAAUGACAGCUGGUAUGGAAGCUUGAAGGACGUGAUCAAAACUCAACAGACAGAAGCUGUCUGGGUAUCUGAAGGAAAGCCAGAUGGAUUGGAUGAUGAUGAUGACCGCAUGUCCUAUCUCACCGCAUUGGGAGCAGACUACUUAAGUUGUGACAGCCGAUUAAUCAGUGACUUUGAAGAUACUGAUGGUGAAGGAGGAGCAUACACAGAUAAUGAAUUAGAUGAACCCGCUGAUGAUCCCAUUCCAGUUUCUGCUAUCAGUCGAUCAUCUGAACCUGUACGUCCAGAAGAGCCUAUAGUAAAGCCAGUUGCAGAGGUAAGAAGUCAAAUGAAAAAAGCUGGAAGUAGAGAGGUCCUCAGAGAGCCCAGCCCACCUCCAUCAUUUAAACCGGAACCACCCAAGGUCAAAGUAGAAGACAAUGAGGAACUCUCCGACUCUACUUACAGUUAUGAUGUUAAACGAAACAGCUCCAGUGUAGCUAGCAGUGGAACUUCAGGAGGAUCCAGCAAGGCCAUGCCUCCACCCACAGCUGCUAAACCUGUGUUUGGUGCAAAGCCCAUACUGAAACCUACAGUUUCUGUUAAUACUCCUGUGGUAAUGGACGAUGAUGAGCUGAACAAAAAUGAAUCAAAUACUCCAAAAUCUGUUUUGGGGAAAGUAAAAAUAUUUGAGAAAAUGGACCACAGUGCGAGGCAGCAAAGGAUACAGGAGCUACAUGAAGCACAAAAUGCACGGUUGGAGCUGGCACAGAAACUCCCUGAUAUUUAUGCUGUACCUAUAAAGCCACAGAAACAGGAUCCGAAUCGAUCCCAGCCAGCAAGUUCUCGGCCUCCAGAGCCUCAGAAGCCUCCGACCUGGUCCUACUUAGAUAAGGCAGGAAGUUAUGGAAGUGACGAAGAGGAAGCAGAGUACCGACGCCAGUUGGCUGACCAAUCGAAACGUGGAUUUUAUGCACAACCAUCUAAAUACAGAGAUACUGAGCUGUGAACUGCUGCACAAAAGAUCUACUGGUUAAAAAUGUACAGUUCAUUUCAAAAUAUAUACAUGAACUUAGAUUGUUUUAUAUACUGUUGCUUAAACCUGCCGUUUGUUAAGUUGUUGAAACCUAUUUUGUGGCCAGGUACAUACAGACAUUUUGCACUCUUUGUUCCGUGUAAUUAACUUGUUUUUUAACAUACUGCAGAUGCUUGAAUACUUAAUUCAAACUGGAAGAUACAUCUACAGAAUGGCUAUUUGGUACAAUGUAAAUACAACUCAUAGGGUUACAUAAUGAAAAGUUGUAUUGUCUGUUUAAUAUAUCAUGUGGUUUUAUGAUAAUUUGUGCUUUUGAAUGUGUUGGAUUAGGUUCGGAACACAGCUUGUACGACAGAGGUACUUUAAACACACUUUGUUUCUGAACUAACAGCUCAUAUAAUGCUUUGGAUAUUUAGAAGUCCAGAUGUUUAUAAUCAAAGUUUGGCCAUCCUUGUUGUAUAGGAUUGUUAUGACAAAAGAUACCAUGCUUAGAAACUACAUUCCGAAAAUGGUCCUUUUGUAAGUGCCUUUUUGCAGAAAUGUCUUAAACUUGCCUUGUAAGAAUGCAAAGCAAUUUGGAAAUCAUGGCUGUUUUUAGUGUUAUUUUGUCUCCAAUGAUUUGGUUUGCAAACUUCUUUAAAAUUGACCAGUCAGUUUGACUGUUACAAAGUUAGACUUGUAAAUGUUUAGUCUGCCAGUCUGUUUAGAUUUUCUUAUCAAUAAACUGAUUAAAUUACAA